UCCCUGGCUAUCGACAUCAACUGUUACAUGCAUACAGAUUCCAUAGACACCUCUCACUACUAGUACGAAAAGCAUCAUUUCCAGGGCCAACUAGUUGUGGAUCUGGGGUGAGGCGAAAGAGCGAUAGGGGGAGGGGAAGGUUGAGUGUAAGAGACUGUGGUGAGGAGCGAACGGUUCGAAGGAAGCUUAAUAACUGCACGGCCGCAAUCUCGCACGCUCUGCUAGCCAAACCAUCAGGGUUGCACUCGAAAAAAGUUUGCUGCUUUCUGAAACUUCAGUUCCUCACCUUCUCUGAGCUAUGGAAGGCAACAAAGGCACAGUGUGUGUGACGGGUGGUACUGGCUUCAUAGGUUCAUGGCUCAUCAUGAGGCUCCUUGAGUAUGGUUACUCGGUCCAGACCACCGUCAGACCCGACCCGGAUGGUGGCAGAGAUAUCAGCUUCUUGAAAAAUCUACCGGGAGCAUCAGAAAGGCUCCGAAUCUUCACUGCUGACCUCAGCGAGCCCCAGAGUUUCAGCCCAGCCAUCGAAGGCUGUGUCGGAGUGUUCCACGUCGCCAGCCCGAUAGACAUAGAGGACAGAGAGCCAGAGCCAGUCGUCACCAAAAGAUCCAUCGAUGGAGCGUUAGGCAUCCUGAGGGUCUGCCUGAACUCCAAGACCGUGAAGCGGGUCGUGUACACUUCAAGUACGUCCGCGGUUCAAUAUAACAACUGCAGCGCUGAUAUACUGGAUGAGGACUCCUGGAGCGAUGUCGAGUCCCUCAGACAAGUACCGAGGUUUGGAGCGUACGCAAUCUCGAAGACAUCGACUGAGAAGGCAGUUCUUGAGUUCGGAGAGAGGCACGGACUGGAAGUGGUGACGGUGGUUCCCACGUUUGUCCAUGGACCCUUCAUUUGUCCCAAAUUACCCGGAUCCGUACAGAUUUCGCUGGCUUUGAUAUUAGGGAAUGAGAAUGAGUACCCUAUUCUCCUCAAAAUCUGUCUCGUGCAUGUGGACGAUGUGGCGAGAGCAUUCAUCUUCCUCUUCGAGCACCCCAACGCCAAGGGACGGUACAUAUGUUCGUCGGCCACGACGACAAUUGAAGAGAUGUCCAAGUUUCUCUCUGAAAGAUACCCAGAAUUUCAGAUACCUUCACCAGAGUCCCUGGAGAAAGUGAAAGGCCCUAGGUCAGGCGGUCUUUCGUCGGGUAAGCUGUUGGAUGCCGGUUUCGAGUAUAAGUACGGCAUCAAGGACAUGUUUGACGGAGCCAUCCAGUGCUGCAAAGAAAAGGGUUAUCUCUAGAUCAAUCGCCGCUCCAUGCAUAUAACAGAAUUCGGUACCCAGGCCGAAUGUAGUACUGUUCCAAGUGCUGAAACAGGCAUCCCACCGGACAAUUGUGUGACCUAUUCUGCUCUGAUCUCAUCUGGGUUCAUUGUCCUAUAGUCCUCUAAUAAACCGCAUGAAUAAUCUUGAGAC